UCCACAUAGCAACAUCACACACACGCACGAAAGAACCCAGACUGGUUAGAUACACAGAGAUCUGAGAAACAAGAAGAAGAAGAAGAAAUAAAGUAUAUAUAUAUUAUAUAGAAUUAUUAAUAUUUAUUUAUGUCUCCGGCGCCGAACAACCCAGAGUUUCAAGAAUGGUGGAACAAGCAGAGACAAACCAACCACGAAAACGGCGACGAUUCCUCCAGUCACUUGCUCACCGUCGAGAUCAGCAGCCCCGGCGCCGAUCGGACCGUCGGCAAAGACCGCACCCGGAGCGCCCGCCAGCUCUCCUGGCUCUGGCUCUUAAAACUCCAACAAAUCGCCGCCUCCUUCGCCUCCGUCACCAAUUCCUUCGUCGGCCUCGUCCGCACCGCCAACCGCCGCAUCGCCUCGCCCGAUUCGCCGGCCGACUCCGCCUCGUCGCGGCUCUACCGACUCAUCAAGGGGUUCCUGAUCUUCGUGCUCUUGCUGCUCUGCGUUGAGCUCGUCGCCUACUUUAAGGGCUGGCAUUUCAGUCCGCCGACGGUGGGGUCCGCCGAGGUCAUCGGAAUCGUAUAUGCGAAUUGGCUCCACGUCAGAGUCAAUUACCUGGCGCCGCCGCUGCAGACCUUCACCAACGUCUGCAUUGUGCUGUUUCUGAUACAGUCGGUGGACCGCGUCAUUCUGGUGCUCGGAUGCUUCUGGAUCAAGUUCCGGCGAGUCAAGCCCAAGGCCGCCAUGGAGUACAAAACGACGCCGUCCAGUGAGGAGGAGGGUGGGACUGAGAAUGUGGAGGAUUAUCCCAUGGUGUUGUUGCAGAUCCCUAUGUGCAAUGAGAGGGAGGUUUACCAUCAAUCCAUUGCGACGGUUUGUAUUCAGGACUGGCCGAGGGAGAGGAUGCUUGUGCAGGUUUUGGAUGAUUCCGAUGAUUUAGAUGUUCAGCUUCUUAUCAAGGCUGAAGUACAAAAGUGGCAGCAAAGGGGUGUUCCCAUAGUGUAUAGACAUCGUCUUAUACGCACAGGGUAUAAGGCAGGGAAUCUCAAGUCUGCCAUGAGCUGCGAUUAUGUUAAGAAUUAUGAGUUUGUGGCCAUCUUCGAUGCUGAUUUUCAGCCAGGACCGGACUUCUUGAAGAAGACCAUUCCUUAUUUCAAGGGGAAUGAUGAUCUAGGAUUGGUCCAGACAAGGUGGUCUUUUGUAAACAAGGAUGAAAACUUGCUUACCAGACUGCAGAAUAUAAACUUAUCGUUCCACUUUGAGGUUGAACAACAAGUCAAUGGUGUGUAUAUCAACUUCUUUGGUUUUAACGGUACAGCUGGUGUCUGGAGGAUUACGGCCCUUGAGGAAUGUGGUGGCUGGCUGGAAAGAACUACUGUUGAGGACAUGGAUGUCGCAGUUCGUGCUCAUCUUUGUGGAUGGAAGUUCAUAUAUUUGAAUGAUGUCAAGUGCCUUUGUGAACUUCCGGAGUCCUAUGAGGCAUACAAGAAACAGCAACAUCGCUGGCAUUCUGGUCCAAUGCAGUUAUUCCGCAUGUGCUUCGUUGACAUACUCCGCUCAAAGGUGAGUGUGACCAAGAAGGCAAAUUUGAUAUUUCUCUUUUUCCUCCUUCGGAAGCUUAUACUGCCGUUUUAUUCAUUCACUCUAUUUUGUAUCAUUCUUCCACUGACCAUGUUCCUGCCAGAAGCUCAAAUACCAGCAUGGGUGGUUUGUUAUGUUCCUGGAAUUAUGUCCGUCUUGAAUAUCCUUCCCGCACCGCGUUCAUUCCCCUUUAUCGUCCCUUACCUUCUCUUUGAGAAUACCAUGUCUGUCACCAAAUUCAAUGCCAUGAUAUCAGGCUUGUUUCAGUUUGGAAGUUCAUAUGAGUGGAUAGUUACAAAGAAAUUAGGAAGAUCAUCAGAAGCAGAUUUAGUUGCUUAUGAAAAGGAGUCUGACCCUCUAUUGGAAACUACUACCGGUCUUCAUAGAUCGGCCUCAGAAUCAGGGCUUGCUGAUCUGACUAAACUAGAGACAUCUAAGAAAAGUGGCAAAAGGAGAAGAAACCGUUUAUAUAGGAAGGAACUUGUAAUAGCCUUUAUAUUGUUGACAGCUUCGGCAAGAAGCUUGCUGUCUGCCCAAGGAAUUCACUUUUACUUCCUACUAUUUCAAGGGAUCACCUUUCUAGUUGUUGGUCUCGAUUUGAUUGGAGAACAGGUUAGUUAAUGUCUGAGUAGUGUUUCCGAGUAGUGUUGAGCUCUUUCCUGGAAUGUACCAUGGGGUGCAAGUCACUUCGAUCAAGCUUUGAGGCUCAUAUUGGUGUUUCGACGACUAAGCGCAUGCUCUGGUGGGUGGUUCCCCAAUUGACGCUAUUCCAUUGUGCUUGGCAUUUGUCUGUAGUUCAUAUAGAAUAUUGUAUGUAUCAUUAUUGUUGCCAAGCCACAUUGCAGAAAGAUUACCUCAAUUUUUUUGAUCAGGGUAAAGGGGAGUCCAAUCUGUUUGCUACCAGUGUACACUUGGUUGCCUGAGCUAAAUGGCAAACAUUGUGCCAUCAUCACAUUUAUUCUUUACACUUGUGUUAUUGACAAUUUGUGUAUGAUAAAUUACACUUUGAUUA